AUGCGUCAGAUCGAUUCGGUGUUUUUAUUUUCCAAUGUCAACGAAAAUUUCGAGGACAUGCUAGUGAAUUACUCCAAAAUUAUCACUUGUACAUUCGACCUGAAAACUUUGACUGAAUUAAUCCGAGAAAAUAUCCAAUUAGCACAGAGACAAAAGCUAGUCUUUUCUUUUUACAAUCAACAUAAAAAACCAACUCGUGAACUUUCCAAAGAAUCAGCGCAUUUUCUCUGGUUUCAACUAUUCAAAAACGCUUUAUUGAAUCUUCCAAGUAACGAUGCAAAGGCGAAAGAUGACUUGGUGAAUUUCUUGCGACAACGCUAUCGAAAUAAUAAUAAACAAAUGAAAUUAAUUGAAGAGUUUGCAGAGAAGUACCAUGCGGACGAUGCAAUACGUUGGUAUACUGGUCAGCCGUUUCUCUAUCGACAUGUCAACAAAGCGUUGCGCUCCGAAGAUGUCGACCAGUUAUACAUAUUUCGUUGCUUUAUCGGGGAUAUAUGCCGAAGCUUACUACAAGAAUAUCAAGUUCUAAAAGAAUACGAACCUUCAGUUACUCUGUAUCGUGGCACACGAAUACUCAAUGAUGAAUACGACAAGCUGAAAGGCAAUGUUGGAAAUUUGAUAUCGAUGAAUGGGUUUUUAUCUACCAGUCUUCAGAAAGAUGUAGCCGUAGCUUUUGCUGAUAAAUCGGACGAGACACGUCGUGCUGUUGUAUUCGAAAUUCAGUGUGAUCUUAGUCAAGUAAAGACAGUGAUUCUCGCUCCCAUCGUGCAAUUCAGUGUUAUCAAAAAUGAAGAAGAAGUGCUUAUCGAUAUUGGAGCCGUUUUUCGUCUACUAUCUGUGGACGAACAAAACACAAUCAUACUGAUUCAAAUGGAAGCAACAGAUGAAGGGACAAAAGUAGCGAGAAGUUAUUUGGAAAUAAAUCAGGCUGAAUUAAAGGAAAAGAACGCUCGUAUCAUUUGGGGCGAUCUACUGUCGCAGAUGGCCUAUUGUGAUAAAGCCUUAGCCUAUUUUCGAAAACUACAGGGUCUGAAUGACGAGGUCUAA